AUGGUCGUGGAAUCAUCGGAAGAAAGAGUCUAGGUGGAACGCUGCAACGGUGGUAUUAAGUGUGCAGUGAUCACGGGUGACCGAGGGAAGACGGGAAAGAGGGUGGUCAAUAUGACUCCUAUCUUCCUCGUCCUGUUGGUGGCUAUCGACCCGAUUAUUGCGCAGAAGGGUGGAAACAUCAGCGACUCGCAGUACAUCACAUACAUGACAAGUCCACCGACGAUCCUGGUGAGGCCACAGACGCAGCAGGUGAAGGCAGGCGGAAUAGCGAGUUUCUACUGCACGGCGGAGGGAUUACCGGCGCCCCAGAUUCACUGGCGGAAGAACGGAAAGAGAGUUUCCCAGUCGCAGUCGCGGUACCUGGUGCAGAACUAUGAAAACGGAGCUUUACUGCGGAUCGAACCUGUCAAGCCGGUUCGAGACAACACCAUGUACGAGUGUCUAGCUGAGAAUGGAGUCGGCGACGCAGUGUCAGCCGAUGCGCAGCUCACAGUCUACGAAGCGGAGAAAUUGCCCAGCGGUUUCCCGUUAAUAUCUCAAGCGCCGCAGACCAAGGUGGUCGAAAUGGGUCAUAACGCGGUGCUGCCCUGCACCGCCGUCGGUUCACCGGCCCCGAUCGUAUCCUGGGUACGAGACAUGCUGCCCAUCGACACCACCAAUCCACGCUACAAGGUUUUGGAGAGCGGAGCUCUGCAAAUCACCGCGUCCGACGUGAACGAUCAAGGAAAGUACGAGUGCGUGGCAAGUAAUUCCGUCGGCACCGAGUACUCCAAGUCGGCCAUGUUCUACGUAAAAGUUCGCCGCGUCGCGCCGACCUUCUCCAUUCCUCCGCCCGCGGUCAGCGAAGUGAUGCUGGGCGCAUCUCUGAGCUUGAACUGCGUGGCGGUUGGCGCCCCGAUGCCGUUCGUCAAAUGGAGAAAGGAGCCAGCCACCGAUCUCACGCCUGAAAUCGACAUUCCAAUUGGUAAAAACGUGCUGAUGCUGACCGAUGUCCAGGAGUCGGCCAACUACACUUGUACCGCCGCCAGCGACCUCGGAAUCAUACAGGCCACGUCGACGGUGAAAGUUCAAUCUCUGCCCAGUGCUCCCGAAAACGUCCAAGUAUCGGACAUCACCGCGACUUCCGUGAAGCUCACCUGGUCUUACAAAGGCUCCGACCUCCUCCAAUACUACGUGAUUCAGCACAAGCCGAAGCACGCGAACCAGGCGUUCGCCGAAAUAUCCGGCAUCACGACCAUGUACUAUCACGUUCGGAGCCUCAGCCCUUACACCGACUACGAGUUUUACGUGAUUGCCGUGAACGGCAUUGGGCGUGGUCCCCCAAGUACCCCGGUGACAGUCACCACUGGCGAGACGACGGAAUCGACAAAUGGAGGUGCCAAGCCUGGUACUGCACCAAGGAAGGUUCAAGCUCGACCGUUGAGCUCCACCACGAUGGUGAUACAAUGGGACGAGCCAGAAACGCCGAAUGGACAAGUGACGGGCUACAAGGUGUAUUACACAACGGACCCGAAUCGACAAAUGGCUUCUUGGGAGUACCAGAUGGUGGACAAUAACCAGCUAACCACCAUCUCGGAUUUAACGCAGCACAUGAUCUACACAAUUCGCGUGCAAGCGCUAACAAGCGUUGGUCCUGGUCCGUUGAGCCUUCCCCUUCAGGUAAAGACGCAACAGGGGGUACCGAGCCAACCGGAAAUGUUGACUGCGGUAGAUAUCGGGGAGACCAAAGUAACACUCCAAUGGAGUAAGCCUGCUCAUAGCGCGGAAAAUAUUGUCAGCUAUGAGCUGUAUUGGAACGAUACGUACGCACAGGAGAGGCAUCAUAAAAAGAUACCGGUGACGGAGAACUACACUCUGACAGGUCUAUAUCCCAACACCCUCUACUACGUCUGGCUGGCUGCGAAGAGUCAAAGGGGCGAAGGAGCCACGACCAUUCCGUAUCCGGUUCGCACGAAACAGUACGUCCCCGGGGCUCCGCCUCGCAAUGUAAGCGGACAAGCGAUCAGCCCGACCUCCAUAUUGGUAACAUGGGAACCUCCGCCUGCCGAUCGAUCGAACGGGAGGAUCGCGUACUACAAGCUGCAGGUCGUGGAGAGCGGACGCUCCGACUCGGAGGCAAAAGUUAUCAAACUGAAUGACACGCAAUUCGUGUUGGACGAACUGAAAAAGUGGACCGAGUACCGGAUUUGGGUAUUGGCCGGGACCAGCGUAGGUGACGGACCUCCGAGUUAUCCUAUCUCGGUCAGAACUCACGAGGACGCUGUCAGGGUCCCGAGCGAACCACGAUCAUCGUUUCCCACGAACCUCCCUCCUAUGAAUGGCACGCCGAUGCACGAAGAAGUUUUGCUUUUCGUUUCGAAUCUAUCCUCACCGUUUCCCAUCUGGUGCCGAAUCGAUCCUUGGUUCGAUACCUGGUCCAAGCCUGCAUGGUACGAGUUUUUCACCCCCUCUCUCUCUUUAUCUUACUCUCUUUUACUCGCUCACUCUCGCCCACCCCCCCUCGAACUCCAAGUGAUUAAUCUCUCCCGACGAGAAGAAUAA